ACGGGUGCGCUUAGGAUACUUAUGGCGCCCGAAAGGCUCCCGACGGGAGUUAUAUAUUGCUGGCGACGACGUAUUGUACAAUUAACCGUUGAAGACGAAAAACAACUCACUACGUGGUUUACAUCACCGUGUUUUGAAAAUAGGCAUCAUAACCAUAAGCGGUUAUGCGUGGUACGUGCCGAAAUACAUCACCUUCCCGUUAAGCGCAUCAUCCAAAUGAAUUCACCUUCCGCGUGACGAUCUUAUAAAGCCUGGGUUGAAAUCUGGCACUACAGUUAGUCCUACACGAGAGCUAAAAUGCUAUCGAUUACAAUUGCAAUUUUUCUCGCUGUUUUCGUUGCUUCCGAAGUAAUCGUUAUACCACUCGAUCACGCCAUAGAAACCUGCGGCCGUGAUCUCCAAGUGUGUGAAAGUCGUCUUGCGUCGUACCGAGCGCUUACCUUCCCGGAUGACCGGGACACGCAAUGCUUCGUCAAGUGUGUGCUGAUCGAACUUCACGCCUGGUCCAACCCCCGGGGACUUCUGAAACAUUCCACGAUUCAGCAGUACUUCAUUCCCGAUUCAGCCGACUGUGAUUACGAAGAGCGCACUCGACGCUGCCUGGACCAAACCUUGCCAAAUUGCAUCCCCGGAGACAGCUGUUCGCGAGCGUACUGGUCGUUUCUCUGUUACAAAGACAACUAUGGCAACUUGGUAAGACAGCUAAACCAAUUCAUUCCACCAACGGAACUGGACAUCAGUCAGCAUCAGCUAGAUUGCGUAGAUAUCCUCAAACUUCCGCGAGAGGAACUACUGAAUUCAGCUUCUUUAAACGAUUCAUCGAAUUGCUAUGCACGGUGCUUACUGCUGCGCAGCGAAAUCUACACUGACGAGAACGGCUUGGAUUUGGAUCGACUCUAUGUGCUGGUGGGAUACAAUGCUAAGAAAAAGGCAUUUUUGGAAUACGCUAAACAGUAUCUGGCCGCAACUUCAUACGACUGUCAAACGGACAGGUGUCGUGCUGCACAGGUACCUUACCAACUUUUCCACGAACAGCUGGUGCAUAUGUUCCGCACCGACGGCACGAGGGACAUUUCCUAUGUCUUUGAUGUGAAUAACGUAUGAAGGAAUAAAUAAUCUUUCACAACCCGGCACUGACACAUAAAUCUAACGCGAAAGAAAAGUAAUUUAAAACCGGUAUAAUCCAACGACAAACUGUCAAAAGAUCAUAUUUGCUUUCGCAAUUUGUUUAUCGUUUGGUAGUCUUAUAUACUCAAUGAGCAGGGAAAUGUAAAAUGACAUCUUUGCAGAAUGCAACUCCUUUCAAACCAUACUAUGUACGUCUGGGGAAAUUGGAACCCUUUGCCAGAGCGUUCGAGUCGUUGGAAAAUGCAAAACCCAAACCACAAGCUACGGGAGUGGGAAUGCGAAUGGUAUUUGAACAAGUUGAAAUUCGAAUCGCUGAAGUGUGCUGCUGUUGACUUGCCUUGCCUCUUGUCCGACACCGUCUUCCAAAUUAUCCUUCCUUUCACAAGUGAAACUUGACUGUGAGAGAGGACUCCCAUGUUCAGUGGCAGCGGUGGUUGACAGUUUCUGUAAAUUAGCAUGAAUACACACGACGAUGGAAGCGACGGCGUUGGCGUCUUGGAAAAUGCAAACGACAAAUUGGAUCCCGCUUUAUCCUAUAUAGCACUGAUUCAAGUGGGGGGAAAACUUUGCAACAUGUCUUUUCUCUACAAUGAGUGCAGGCGUGCGUGAAAGUGGAGCUAAUUUUCUUCGUUCAGGACUAACGGCUAGGGAGGUGUGUAGAUUUG